UGUAACCAGGCUGCAACAUGGUCAUUGGCAUUGGGAAAUCACUUAGCUAGAUAGCCAGACAAGGCGAAUUCAAACAUUCCUGAAGUUACCGCUCCGACAUCAAAAAUGGACAUAAAUUAACAAUGACGAGGGAGAAAAAGAAAAAGCGGCUGAACCGCAGCAUUCUUCUGGCAAAGAAAGUUAUUAUAAAAGAUGGAGGCAGUCCCCAGGGGAUGGUUGAGCCCAGUGUCUUGCAUGCUGUGGUGGUUAUCUUCCUGGAAUUCUUCUCCUGGGGGCUUCUCACCACGCCCAUGCUUACGGUCUUACAUGAAACAUUCCCUCAACACACAUUCCUGAUGAAUGGGCUUAUUCACGGUGUCAAGGGUCUGCUGUCGUUCCUGAGUGCUCCUCUGAUUGGAGCUUUGUCAGACGUAUGGGGGAGGAAGUCAUUUCUACUGCUAACAGUCUUCUUCACCUGCGCCCCCAUUCCUCUCAUGAAGAUCAGCCCAUGGUGGUACUUUGCAGCCAUAUCCAUGUCCGGUGUGUUUGCAGUCACCUUCUCUGUGAUCUUUGCGUAUGUGGCAGACAUCACAGCAGAACACGAGAGGAGCACAGCCUACGGUUUGGUGUCGGCCACGUUUGCAGCCAGCCUAGUGACCAGCCCAGCCAUCGGAGCAUACCUGUCUGUGACGUAUGGAGACACCUUGGUAGUGAUCCUGGCUACUGCCAUCGCCCUGCUGGACAUCUGUUUCAUCCUGGUAGCUGUCCCUGAGUCACUGCCUGAGAAGAUGAGACCGGCCUCCUGGGGGGCACCCAUAUCCUGGGAACAGGCUGACCCCUUCGCUUCUUUGCGUAAGGUGGGCCAGGACUCCACGGUGCUUCUCAUCUGCAUCACAGUGUUCCUGUCUUACCUGCCUGAGGCAGGACAGUACUCCAGCUUCUUCCUCUAUCUCAGACAGGUGAUAAGGUUCAGGUCAGAGACAGUUGCAGCCUUCAUCGCUGUGGUGGGCAUCCUCUCUAUUGUGGCUCAGACGGUGGUUCUCGGGAUCCUGAUGCGCUCCAUAGGGAAUAAGAACACCAUCCUACUGGGCCUGGGCUUCCAGAUAUUACAGCUGGCCUGGUACGGCUUCGGAUCACAACCAUGGAUGAUGUGGGCAGCAGGAGCGGUAGCGGCCAUGUCUAGCAUCACCUUCCCAGCUAUUAGUGCCAUCGUGUCUCGCAACGCAGACUCAGACCAGCAGGGCGUGGUCCAGGGGAUGAUAACAGGUAUCCGUGGUCUGUGUAACGGUCUGGGCCCAGCAUUCUAUGGUUUCAUCUUCUAUCUGUUCCACAUGGAGCUGACAGAUGUGGACGCAGUAGACAGCCCUGGGAAAGAACCCAAACCCAAAAUGGCCAACCCCACAGACGAGAGAUCCAUCAUCCCUGGCCCUCCCUUCCUGUUUGGGGCGUGCUCCGUACUACUCUCCUUGUUAGUAGCCCUCUUCAUCCCAGAGCACAGUGGCCCAGGGGUCCGACCGGGAAGCUACAAGAAAUACAGCAGUGUAGCCCAGAGCCACUCACACAGCCCUCCCAGUAGCGGGGCAGAGGGCAAGGAGCCACUACUGGACGACAGUUGUGUAUAACACCAGCCCGAUGGCAUUAACACACUACACCUGCCCCCCUGAACAAACAAGUUAACCGUUACAAACAAACUGUUCUAUAUAUAUUCACACACUCUUGCACACACGUACCCAGAUAAGGGAGUGGCUUCUUCUGAGAACCGAGAAGAUGUGUGUGUGUGUGUCGGAGAACUUUGUGGGCUGUCCUCUGAAGUCUGAACACCUCAGUGUGGUGUAAGGAGUUCCCGAAGGCCCUGAGGGAGGGAGGAAGGAGAUGAAGGGAAGAGAGAUAGAGGAUGGGUAGCGCUGGGGAGAGGUAUGUGUUAUGUUGGGAGAAACUUGGUUGAGCUGAUCUCUGUCCUGAGCGAGUCCUGAGAAGCAGUAACAGGAAGAGGAUAAAGGAGGAUGUGAUGUACAGGCUGCCAUAGAGCCAUAGAGCCACUUGGGCUCUGGUCAAAAGAAGUGCACAAUGUAGGGAAUAUGGUGCCAUUUGCGAUUUAACCGAUGAUUCUAUUUCCUUUGUAGGCAAGCAGCUCAAUCUGUGGCAAUAACCACAGUGUUCUUUGUCCGAAGAGAGUAAGUCAACAAAGUCAACAGUAGCCACAGCUCGAGCUCUACUCUAAUGGCCAAUUUACAAGCUAACAAACUUCUGUUGUGACUUGUCUGAUUUUAUGUCUUAAUACGUAAGAACGGAAAGCAUGUCUGCCUCAGUGUGUGUCUAUAGCUGGGAGAGAAGCUACUGGAUGCGUCCCAAAUGGCACCCUAUUCCCUUUAUAGUGCACUACCUUUGACAAAAUGUAGUGCACUAUAAAGGAAUUUGGGAUGCAGACAAUGUAGAACAUCUUUAGAUCAAUCUAAGAGAUGCUACCUAUCCAUUGAGACAGUGCAGGCUUAACCCUAUAACGUUUUUAUAGGACAGUUUCCUGAGAGAAUUGUGUAUGAGAGAGACCACUUUAUUAGUCAGAAAGACGUUUUUCAAUGUUUACCUAUCUGCCAUACAUUAGCAUAGCAGACAGACGGACAGAGUAUGGUUUUGGGUUGUAUUUUUUUCCUGUGUUCACACACUUAAGGCUAGUGGUGCUUCAAGUUUUUAUUCCAGGGAAAUAUUGGUGAUGUUGUCUUCAUAUUAAUAUAUUACAACAACCUGUAUGAAGA